AUGGCGACACAUGAUGGAGCUUCCUCAUCUUCCUCCACUGCAACUGCAACUGCAACUGCGAGUGCAACUUCAACCAUUAAUUCUGACGUGUUUCUCAACUUCAGGGGUAAAGAUAUUCGUAAUAACUUCAUGAGUUUCCUUUACAGAGAUCUAACAAGCGAAGGAAUCAAUGUGUUCAUCGAUAAUGAAAACCUGAGGAGUGGAGAAGAGAUCAAACCUGCACUCUUGGAAGCAAUCCAAAGAUCCAAAAUCUUGAUUCCUGUCUUCUCUAAAUGCUAUGCGGAUAGCAAAUGGUGCCUCAUCGAACUGGUUGAGAUAGUUCGUUGCCAUAAAUCAUCCAACCAUCAAAUAAUUCUUCCAAUAUUCUUCAAUGUUGAGCCAAGACAUGUUCGCCAUCAGACUGGAUGUUUUGACAGAUCGUUUCAGAAACACAGUAAGCAUUAUGAUACUCAAACCAUAAAAAGAUGGAAGGAAGCUUUGACUGUGGUAGCAGGAAUAUCAGGGUACGAGCUCAAGCAAGUAAAUGGGAUUCAAUCGAAGCUAGUGGACUUAGUUGUUAAAAGGGUUCUGAGUGAAUCGAGUGGUAAUCGCUUGGAUGAUGUUAAAAAUCCCAUUGGAUUAGAUACCCAUGUAAAAGUGUUAGAAGAUCUAUUAAAUGUUAACUCUAAUGAUGAUGAUGUUCGAUUUGUGGGAAUAUGUGGUAUUGGUGGCAUUGGGAAGACAACUAUUGCAAAGGCUCUCUAUAAUUCCAUUUUUAAAAGAUUUCAUCGGAGUUGUUUUUUAGCAAAUGUCAGAGAAGAAGCAUCAAAGGGUUUAGUUUCUAUACAAGAGCAACUUAUUUGUAGAGUCUCCAAAAAGAAAGUUGACUACAACAUACAAAAUGUUUAUAGAGGAAAAGAAUUGAUAAAAGAAAGGCUACAAGGAGAAAAUGUUCUUCUUAUUCUUGAUGAUAUAGAUCAUGAUUCCCAACUCGAUGCUUUGGCUAUUAAUUACAAUUGGUUUAGUCGUGGAAGUAGAAUUAUCAUAACAACUAGAGAUAAACGUAUUCUAAAUGUUGCUAAUGUUGAUGCAAAUAAUAUACAUUGGCCAAUUGAAUUGGAUGAUGAACAAUCUCUUCAACUCUUUAGUUUGCAUGCAUUUUCAAGGGACCAACCUCCUGAAGAUUAUAAACAGCUUUCCCAAGAUGUGCUACACUUGGCGGGAUGAUUGCCAUUAACCCUAGAAGUGUUGGGUUCUACUUUUUGUGACAUAAGAGAAAAAGAUGGAACUCCUCAAAUGAUUGAAGGCAUCCUCUCAUCCCCAUAUCAAAUGGAUCUGAGUGUACGCCUACAUAAGAAAUACUUUGCAAAUAUGUCCAUGUUAAGAGUCCUCUAUAUUAAUGGAGCACAAUUCGAAGGAGAUUUUCCACAUCUUCCUUCUACAUUGACAUCAUUCAGCUGGAGGUUAUGUCCUCUAGAAAUUCUACCAUCCAAUUUUCAUCUAAAGAAACUAGCUCAUAUGGACUUAUCAUUCAGCCAGAUUAGACAAGCUUGGAAAAACAAACCUCAAAAUGUAAAACAGCGGUUCCAAAAGUUGAAAGUUCUUUGUCUCCAACAAUGUGUCCAUCUAUAUGAAUCGCCUGACUUUUCAUGGUUUCCUUACCUAGAAACAUUGGAUCUUAGAGAUUGCUUUAGAAUGGUUAAUUUACACGAAUCCAUUGGUGACCUAAAGUCUCUAGUUAUGCUUGCCUUGGAUAAUACAAAAAUUGAAGAACUCUCAAACAUCUCUAGUUACACUUUCCUUGGUGAUACAAAAAUUGAAGAACUCCCAAAUAGUAUUUGCAAGCUGAGUUCUCUCGAAGAUCUAAGUCUCACACGGUGCUUCACACUCAAAAGCUUGCCUGAGUCAAUCGGUGAUCUAAAGUCUUUGGUUACGCUUUCCUUGGUUGGUACACAAAUUGAAGAACUCCCAAACAGUACUUUCAUGCUAGGUUCUCUCGAAUAUCUAAGUCUCAAAUGUUGCUUAUCCUUUAAAACCUUUCCUGAGUCAAUUGGUGAUAUAAAGUCUUUGGUUACGCUUUCCUUGGUGGGUACACAAAUUGAAGAACUCCCAAAUAAUAUUUGCAGGCUGAGUUGUCUCGAAGUUCUAAGACUCAGUAAGUGCUCAUCACUCAACAGCUUGCUUGAGUCAAUUGGUGAUCUGAAGUCUCUGGUUAUGUUUUCCUUGGUUAGUACACAAAUUGAAGAACUCCCAAACAGUAAUUGCAGGCUGAGUUCUCUCAAAGAUCUAAGUCUCGGACAAUGCUCAUUACUCAAAAGCUUGCUUGAGUCAAUUGGUGAUCUGAAGUCUCUGGUUAUGUUUUCCUUGGUUAGUAUACAAAUUGAAGAACUCUCAAACAGUAUUUGCAGGCUGAGUUCUCUCAAAGAUCUAAGUCUCGGACAAUGCUCAUUACUCAAGAGCUUGCCUGAGUCAAUUGGUGAUCUAAAAUCUCUAGUUAUGCUUUCCUUAGAAGGAGCAAGAAUUGAAGAAUUACCAAAUAGUACUUGCAGGUUUAGUUCUCUCAAAGACCUAAGGAUCACAGGGUGCUUCACACUCAAAAGCUUGCCUGAAUCAAUCAGUGAUCUAAAGUCUCUGGCUAGGCUUUCCUUGGAUGGUACAAAAAUUGAAGGACUCCCAAAUAGUAUUUGCAGGAUGAGUUCUCUUAGAAAUCUAUAUCUCAAACAUUGCUCAUCACUCAAAAGCUUACAUAAGUCAAUCAGUGAUCUAAACUCUCUAAUUACACUUUCCUUAGAAGGUACAAAAAUUGAAGAAUUACCAAAUAGUACUUGCAGGUUGAGUUCUCUCAAAGAUCUAAAGAUCACAAGGUGCUCCACAGUCAAAAGCUUGCCUGAGUCAAUCGGUGAUCUAAAAUCUCUGGUCAAGCUUUCCUUGGAUGGUACGAAAGUUGAAGAACUCCCAAACAGUAUUUGCAGGAUGAGUUCUCUUAGGAAUCUAUAUCUCAAACAAUGCUCAUCACUCAAAAGCUUGCCUGAGCUAAUCGACAAUCUAAAGUCUUUGGUUGAACUUUCCUUGGAUGGGACAAAAAUUGAAGUACUCCCAAACAGUAUUUGCAAGCUAAGUUCUCUGCAAACACUUAAACUCAGAAGAAUGGAAUCACUGAACAAGUUGUCUGAGCCCAUUGGAUACACCAGACUGGCGUCAAGCCUGACUAAUUUUAGGAAAUUAGAACUUUAUAAUUGCAAAAAGUUGAAGGAUAUUCAAGGCCUCAAGAGAAUAAGGUCCCAGUUACAGCUAUGCAUGAAUGACUGCUACACCAUAACAGAUGCUGGAAGGAAGAUACUUGGGCAAGGAACACUUUUAGUAGAUGGUGAUGGGUUGCAGAGAAAUGAUUUCGUGAAUGUUAAUGAUGAUGGGGUAUGUAAGAGGUUAACUCUGUGUUUUGUUUUUGCAUUCACCCUGAAGGAACAAGAGUUGAUGAGAAGUUCAAAUGAAGUAGAAUCAAGCAGUGCAUGUCUUGGUAGUGAAAUUGAUGAUCUUGGGCUUGAAAAUGGUGGCAUGGAGUCCAAUCUGUCUAGAUAUUGA